GAUCCGAGCGUGAACAGGAAGAUUCUCGGAGCGACAGCUAACAUGAUGCACUGAAGGAAGAGUUCAUUCGUCAUUUUGUUAUAAAGAGAAGUAGAAGAAAGAAAAAAAAAAAAAGAAAAAACAAAAAUGAAAUAUUUGACGUUGUCGUUAGUUCUUUUCCACUUGAACACAGUUUUUUGCGUCGAGUGGAAACACAGCGCUAUCUUGGACAAUAAUUUUCUCGUAUUGUGGACACCAGGCGACAAGGAAGUUACUUUCGAGAUUCAAGUGAAGACCCUUGGUUAUGUCGGGCUUGGUUUCAAGAAGGAGGAUGGUCGAGAGGGAGCUGACAUGGUUAUUGGUUGGGUGGACAACAACGGUCAGGUUCAUCUACAGGAUCGACAUAUGAAGGAUGUGAGCAAGGAUCCAGAGGUGGAUUCGAGCCAAGAUUAUCGUCUCCUAUUGGGUUACGAGAACAAGACGCACACUGUGCUACGUUUUAGCAGAAGAUACGACACAUGCGACUCUAGGGAUCUGAAGAUCACGAAUGACACGAUGCAAGUUGUCUGGCAGUACCACGCUAAGGAACCAGCAUCAGUAGCCGGUGUUUUACCUGGUCAUGGUGCUGUAAAAGGAUCAAGGCCGUUGUAUUUAGUUCAGAGAGAUACACAGCCAAAACGUUCGUCCUAUAAUCAGGAGAGUGAAGCUGUACUGAAAACCUGGGACAUAUUGAAUCGCGAGGUUUUACUACCGAGAGACAAGGAUUCGUUGCUUUGGUGUCAAAUAAUAAAAAUGCCAUACAUAAAUCGCAAGCAUCACGUUGUCAAGUACGAACCAGUUAUCGAACCUGGCAAGAAUACGUAUUUGCAUCAUAUGACACUUUACGAGUGUCCGAAUAAUAAUCCUCAGCUUGAAGAAGCUUCGAAAACAGCUGGAAGUGUUUGUUACAAGGACGACAAUGCAACCCAGUGUAAUACAAUUGCUGCUACUUGGAGCUUAGGAUCUGAGCAGGGCUUUAAUUUUCCACCGGAGGCUGGUUAUGCAUUGUAUCCUGAUAAUCGUUCCCGUUACUUCAUGCUCGAGACUCAAUACAUCAAUCCUCAACAAUUAGUCAACGACAAUUUGGAAGUCAGUGACAGUUCGGGAUUGAGAUUAUAUUACACCGAUCAACUUAGACUUCACGAUGCUGGAAUUUUGAGCAUAGGAAUUGAUCCUAAUUGGAGACACAUUAUACCACCUGGACAACCCGAAGUAGUAUCAGAAGGUCAUUGCAUAACUGAAUGUACGGAACAAACUAUACCUAAUAGUGGGAUAAACAUGUUUGCCGUAAUCAUGCAUACACAUCAGUUAGGAAGAAAGAUAAGAUUUAGGCAAAUUCGUGCUGGUGAAGAAUUACCACCGAUUGCAUCGGAUAUCAAUUAUGAUCCUAAUUAUCAAGAAUAUCGCAAACUUCAACGACCCGUCAAAGUUUAUCCGGGAGACCACUUAGUUGCGGAAUGCACCUACUCGUCCGAGUCUCGUUCAACUAUUACGCUUGGAGGUUUGAUGACGAGACAAGAAACUUGUCUUAUAUCCGCACUUUAUUAUCCUCGGAUCGAAUUAUCGAUCUGUUAUUCUUUGCCAUCUUUACCAACCGUUCUGCAAAGUCUUGGCGUUCAAAAAGUCAUUCAAGAAGCAUCAUUAGUGAAAAUCCAGGAACCGAAGAGUUUAGCUGGAAUGACCUUGGAAGAUCGUUUAGUAAGUUACGACUGGGAGACGAGUUUCCAGAGUUUCCAAGAAGCAACUAGAGUUGGUACGUUCAUGCCAUUAUGUUGGACAAGUAAGGGUGCCCUACCUGGUACAGAAUCGUUGGUGUCACAUUAUCCAAGAAUUCUGUAUUCCUACGAAGAGACCAAUUUAGCUUGUUCCGACAUGGGUUUUCCAAUGGAUGCUGAAAGCGACGAAGCUAACGCGGUAGAACGUGGUCAGUUGGUAAGAAGCAAAGUAUCGAGAAGUAGCGAAGGACCAAGUGCAGCAAGUUCACCAUCGAUUUCGGGUCCAUUGUCCUUGCCACUUAUACUUGGCACGACCCUUUUGAUAGGACUCGCGGCUGGACUUAGGUGAACUAUCCUGAUCGGUAUUCGUGCUAUCGUCCCAAAUUCGAAGAAGUACCUUCGAGGAUCCGCUGUUUGAAAAAUAGAAAUAUAAGCGAAAGAAUAAUUAUAUUAUAAUUAUCGAUAAAUUAUUAAGACGAAGA